AUGGCUGCUUCUCUACUAUCCCUAAUAAUAACAAUCAUCAUCUGCUGCAAUGUAACCGCGGCAGCGCCUAAUCAACCCGGCGGCGGAUUCAGCGUACACUUGAUCCACCGUGACUCCGCCACUUCCCCCUUGUACAAUCCUAACGAAACGCCAACUCAACGACUCGGAAGCGCUCUCAAGCGCUCCAUCAACCGCCUCCACCGUUUCGCUCCCAAGUCCACAUCAUCAUCAUCACUUCCCUACUCUGACGUCACUGCUAGCAAUGGCGAAUACCUGAUGAACAUCUCCAUCGGAACGCCGCCGUUUCCCAUCCUGGCGGUCGCUGACACGGGCAGCGACGUCGUUUGGACUCAGUGCAAGCCUUGCUCCAGCUGUUACGACCAGGACGCACCAAUCUUCGACCCGGCCGCGUCUAGCUCCUACAAAACGGUGCCGUGCUCGUCCAACGCUUGCUCUUCCCUGCAGGCUGAAGGAGCCUAUUGCUCCUCCUCCGCCGACGCCGUUUGCCAUUACAAGGUAGGAUACGGAGACCGCUCCCACACCUACGGUGACCUGGCUCUCGACACUUUAACUAUGGGCUCCACCGCCGGUCGUGACGUGGCAUUCCCCAAGACUCUCAUUGGCUGCGGCCACGACAACGCUGGCACGUUCAACCGCAACGGGUCCGGUUUGGUGGGACUCGGACGCGGGUCGGCUUCUCUGGUGACCCAGCUCGGCUCUUCUAUUGGCGGGAAGUUCUCCUAUUGUCUCGUUCCAUUCGGCUCGGAGAAUAGGUUGACCAGCAGCAUGAACUUUGGUCAAAAUGCUGUCGUUUCGGGUGCCGUAUCGACUCCGUUGUUCUCCCAUGUGUCACAGCCGACUUUCUACUUCCUCAAACUGGAAGCCGUGACCGUUGGAAAGGAGAGGUUGGCAUUUGGAGGAUCUUCUGUCGUCGAUGGUGAAGAAGGGAACAUCAUUAUCGAUUCCGGGACGACGGUUACUCUCGUCCCUUCCGAUUUCUUCGCGCAGCUGUCGGAUGCGGUGGACAGCCAAGUCGUCGGCGGGGAGAAAGCGAGGGACCCACAAGACUUCUUGAGCCUUUGCUACGUGGCGGACUACUCCCGUCUCCAAGUCCCUCCGAUCACGUUUCACUUUCAGGGAGCUGACGUGGAGCUGACUCGUGAUAACGCUUUCGUUCAGGUCAGCGAUACGGUGACGUGUCUGGCUUUCUACGGGAGCGACGAUGCUUCCAUUUACGGCAACGUGGCGCAGCAGAACUUCCUCAUUGGCUACGACCUUCAGAAGGGGACUGUGUCAUUCAAGCCAACUGAUUGCGCAAGGAACUGA